UGUAUUCAAUAUUUUGGAUUCAUUAUACCAAGUGAAAACAUAGAAACAAAAUGACUUCAGAAACAUAUUUGGAUUUGACAUUUGAGCGUAGUGGAAAGAGUGGCAAACGCCCAAUUAGACCGAAGUUGCUGAAAUUAACUGAUGUCACCAUGCCACAUCGCAGCAGAAAAAAGACCAAAGUUAAGGCUAAAGACCGAUCAGUAUCCUCAGUGCGGGACCGCAUUUAUGAUGAUCCAGCCUACACAGAUGACAUAAGUCACCUAGCGAAUCCUCUGCGUCGUAACAGCUGCUCGGGAAAAUCCGAUGGGAAGGCGAAAAGUUUGCUUGGCGUCAAUACAGCUAGCAAUGUAGCAGCUGGUGGCAGCAGCUCGUUGGGAAAACGUAGUAAAUUGACAAAGGAAUUUCUUCAACAAGGUAAAUUGCAUGAUAGAGGAACUGCUUAUGAGCAUGACGUUUCGAGCAGCUCAGAUGAACCGCUACGCUCGGAGAGUCAAUCAAAGAGCGCCACAGGUAGUGUGGGACGUCGUGGGCGCAGUCUAGAACGUAGCGCAGCUUAUACGGAGGGGAAGAGUGCGGUUAAAAAACAUGAGAAACGUGAACGUAGUAACAAACAAAAAGGCAGUCCUUGCUUGGAUAGUACAUUAACGCAAGACGUGCAAGUGAACGAAGAUCUAAGUGUAGAGCCCGCAUCAACCGGCGCCGCCAGUAACAGCAAUCGCCGUUCGAAAACGCAAUCAGCUGUAAUGACCAAACAGUAUAGCGAUGGCAUGGCAGUGGAUUUGCAGUGUAUGGCAGAGCAGGCGCGCGAGGAGGUCGCCUCAGUGCAUAGUGGCGCAUCGACCACAAAGGCAGCUGCCACAAGUACGCUAACGCCUACCACCUCCACCUCGGGUGGCAGCACAAAAAUGCAGAUCGGUCGUCGCUUUCUACGCGGUGAGAUUGGCAUUAAAAGUUUCAACUAUUAUCUACUGAAGGAGGGUAUUAAGAGCUCAAAACGAUUCGUGGAGAGACAGCGCAACUCUUUCACAAGCGGUUUGGCUGGCAUGGCAGGCGUUAACAAGAAAUCGCACUCACGCAGCGAGGAGAAUAUAUACGAAGAGAUUUUCUUCAAAGACGCGCCACCGUCCGAUGAAGAGCAGCAUCAGCAGCAGGAAAGCAGCUUACCGCCCCAAGCAUCAACACAGCUGCAACAAAAACAACAACAACAUCAUGUGCAACAUGCACAACAACACACAACUCAGUCACAUUCGGCCAGAAGUGCAGGCACGCCCAUAUCACAGUGUAGUGGCAGAGAGGAGGGUAUUUACGCUGAUUGCGAGCUUUGCCUGCAACAGUGCACUAAAGAGGAUUGUGAAUACUGUUAUGCGCAGCAGGCAACGGCAACAGCAGAUAGUCAGAGGUCGGUCAAGGCGCAGCGUGAAUUGGUAAAACCAUAUGCCGUUGUUCCACUGCAGCAGCAGCAACAACAACCACUCAACAAAUUGCAACAUCAAUUCGAUAGUUCCGGGGGUCCAUUAAUCACGCACGCACUGAAUAGCAACAUACAUGUCAGUGACAACUUCAAUGAGGCAGCAUUGGGGGGAAGCAGCAAAACUUCUGGAAACGGCUCUGUCGGCGGACAACUGCCUGCCUCGCAUAUUCUUGAAUUCCAAUCAUACAAUCCGAAUAAUCCGGGCGUAUUCAAAAUAGAGACCACACCUGUGGCAAUCACCGGCGAUUACAAUCCGAUUUUACAAUUUCAACAGUCUUCGCCUUCGUCUGGCACGGCAACAACAACAACGCCAAGUGUAGAGCUACAACCACAACAGCAGCUGGGUCUUGCGCAUCAUGCAACUCCAUUGGUGCACCACCAGCAGUUGCCACAGCAGCAACACCAACACCAACAACAACACUCACAAUUAGUGCAACAAUACAAUUAUCAGCCGACACAACAUCAGCAGCAACAAUUUAAGCACUCGGGACAUAGUUAUUUACUGCACGGCGGUGCCACCCUACCGCAUCACCACUAUCAUCAAUCGCCUGGUUUUGGUGGUGUCCCGUCUAGCAGCGCCGGCAUACUUAUAACACAGCAACGCGUGCGCGGCAGCCAUCGUGGUGGCAAUCAACAACAACAGUCUCAUUAUAUGCUCACUUACAAUACGCCGCCAAUGGCUACAGCUCCGCCAACGGCAGGCGGUGGAAAUCAGCGCUUGACCACAAAAUCCUCUUCAUCCAGCGAUUCGUUGCAACAUCAGCAUAUGCAUAAAUACAACACUAUGUCGCGCCUGGAGGCACAACAAAUGCUAAUGGGGGACCCCUUUUAUGGCGGCUCCAAUAUGGGACCCUCAAAUUCGCUCUUGUUCGCUACAAGUCGUCCUAUUGGCGGUUCGCAGAUCCUCGUCGAUCCAUACGAAUUACCACAAAUGUACAAGAGCGAUUCCCGCGCUUCUAUAUUAAGCGAAUACUCAUUGCGUAGCAGCGAUAAUUCGCAUCGGUACAAUCGUUUUCGCUACGCUGGCAGCGGUGGUAGUUUCAGUGGUGUGGCUGGUGGCGGCGGACAGGUGAGUGAUUCUAGUCUGGGUGACUCGCUUUUUUCGUGCACUUCCGCACAGCGACGUUACUUUGGCAGUUCAGAAAGCUGUCGCUUCGGUUUCGAAUGUCGACGCUGCAGUCUUGAUGGCGGCGAAAAGUGUAGCUAUUCGGAUACUUGCCGCUAUGAGUGCCGUAAUUGUGAUUGCUCGUCUAGCUACUUCUCCUCGGAUUUUGAUGACAUGUACGGCAGUGUGCCUGGUGCUGGUGGUUCUGCAGCAGCGCUGGCUGCUCAGCGAAACAGCGGUAUCCCACGUAAAACGGCAGCAGGCACCCUGCCGGCGAGUGCCGGUUCGAAUGAGCUUGAGCGUCAACAGGACCAACUCGAGUUGAAGCAAAACAAGUAUGCGCAAGAUUUCUUCAAGCAUGUUAAUGAUGUAAAGCGUAGCAUAUAUCAGUCGGAGAUGAAACGCAACGUGAGUGGUACGGGAGAGUGUGAUGUGACUGACGCAAGGGGUAAAUUUGAAAACAGCUACGUAAAAGAUGAACACGGUAAUGUUAUAGCGCAGGCAGCGGAGGUGAGUCCGAGGCGUCGUGCGGCCAAGGAGGGGCCACAAAUCACAACCUUACCGCUUACUAAGGAACGGUCGCACGGACAACGCGCCAUCAAUUCAUCGCAUACAGACAUCUCGGUCACGCCUACUCCGGCGCCCAGAACAAGCUUACAGCACGCACAGUCAACAAUGCCGCCACAACCUAUAAAACGUGCACGUCAUGCUCACGGGCAAGCAUCUUACAAACACCACCAUGAAUAUCCCUCACUGGAUCGUUUAGUGGCAAGCGCCACCGGCGCUAUACCCAAAACGGCAACUACUUUUUUACCCAGUGCCGCCGGUAAGAUAAAAACGAAUGCACCCAACUCAAGGCCACAUCCAGCAGAAUCUAACUGUGACAAAAACAGCAACAGUGUAUAUCGUACGGACCGCCAAAGUCCAUGUCACAGUCCAAAGGGUUUGAAAAUUAUCGACUGCCCACUCGGCUUGCCAGCUGCGCUGCCGCACGUUGCUAACAUGGAUGCGAUUAAGGUCAGCUGCCGUGAGACACUUGUCGCCACUGAAGCAGUUGCUAAUAACAACAAUAAUAAUCUUGUAUUGGAGUCCGCCGAUGCGAAACAAAAUGAUGCGACUAAGGUUGUUGGGGGCGCUAAGAUAGUAAGUGGAGGCGCGGUUUGUGGCUCAACAAAGCAUGAAGCGCGAUAUUUAAGUGUUGAACAGACCGGAAACGCACCUGCAACACAGUCUGGCAAACGCCACCAUCGCAGCACAUCUGUCUCGAAGCAAGCUGCAUUGUCAGCUGCGCGCCGAAGCAAGGACAUACCAGCUCCACCACCGCCAUCGCCAGCCACGCACUCCGACAUGCAAGAGCUAAGUGCAAACUUAAAGAACGCCCAGCAACAGCAGAGCGAUGAAAAUGAAGGUGAUGCCAAAAAAUCAUCAGUCGAAAGGCGUAAGGAAAAACUGCCAAAAGAAGGUGGCGAACGGCAAGAAAAACUCGAAGAAGGUCAUUUUAAAGGGGAAAAAGAAGCGGCAUUGAAGCGUAAAAAGGAAAAGCAGGCGGCAGAGCAGAAUUUGACACAAGACAGUAGUUGGGGUGGCAAAAAUACCACAAUGAGGUCGUCAAAGUCGAAAGUUAAUGCAUCCGCGAUGGAGAAAAUAAACACAGCAUUAGCGACAACAAUAACGCAAUACGCUGGCACUUCUGGCGGUAAAGAAUUAUGUGAGACACCGACAAAGUCUCUGGCCGUCGCAAAGUCAUGUGUGGCUGCUGCCGUAGCAGUUGCAGGUGCUAAUUACAUGCCAGAUACCAGCGCAGCUAUGCAGCAAGAACUACAGCACCAACAGCAACAACAACAAAAUGAAAUGCCACGAGAACGCGCCCAUGCCAAGCCAAAUAAUGAAAAUAGCUCCAGUAAAAAUUCUUCGGAAGCAGUCAAGCAACUAGAAGUGUGCACCAGCGCACACGCCACCGACGACGACGAUGUCUUCUACGAUGCACGCAGUGAGGACUCGGGUGGCACAGCGCCCAGCGCAGCGUCAAGCUGUCUACUAAGCCAACAAAUAGCAGCGACAGGCAAAAACAGAAGUGAGCAGCGUUCGCAAUGUUUGCAACUUCGAGGCAAGACUGCAUCGAGCCCUGAAUUCAGCCGAGAGCCGCGGAAACCCCAACAAAGUCACCAACAACAAUAUGAACAACAGCUUAUCGUCAGCAGCAGCGACAUGCAACUGAACACAGACAGCUCUGCCCCAGUGCAGGCGGUCACUGUGAACGUCGAGGACAAUGCGACCGCAAUACAAACGAAAUCCAAGGACACGCUAGCGGCUACCAGUGAGAGCGUAAAAACUGAACGAACGAAAAGCGACGAAGUAACUGUAGCUGCGAAAAGUGCACAAGCUAAAGAUGUCACAAAUGUUGCUACAAAUGGAGCAACAGGGUCCUCGAUGAUGGCAUUGAACCUGGUCGAGGCAACUGCGGCAACAGUGGCUACUGCUGCUCAAGAAAAAGAGCAGCAUAAAGAUGUGGGCGGCGAUGGCGGUGCCAACAACAGUCACACGCGCAGAGAGAAGAAGCGUCGCGGCACCAGCAGUAGCAACCGAGAUUCGUCAAGCAGGCAGCAUAAAGUUGCUGCAAAGUCGACAACGACUAUAAGUUGUGAUACAUGUUGCCAAGUCGAAUGCGAACAAUACCAUCAGCAGCAGCAGCAGAAGCAGCAGAAACAGCAACAACAAAAACCACCACAACAGCUAACGCAGUACACACAACCAAGUCACCGCCAUGAAUCGCGUGCUGAGUCAAAAACCAAAACAAGUAAGGAAAGAGCGAACAAAAUAAAAGGCGAAAAAAGCAGAGCUAUCGUUGAAACAGCAACCACACCAGAGAGUUGUGUUGAGCAAUCAACAAUUACAACAACAAUACUAACAACAAAAGCAAUAGACUUUACGAAAGUGGACGAUUCGUUGACAUGCGCAGCAGCUAUGUUGCCAAAUUCGAGAGCAACAGCCGCCCACCAAAGUAAUGAACUGCAAACUAAAUCCACAACAACGAGCACAACUACUGUUCACACCACGGUCUCUCAGACAAAACUGGUGACCACAACGACGAUUAUAAAUCAAAUUGGCGCGCAAACUGACGACAUAUCGAAGAGCAACGAAAAUACCAUGGCUGGCAAAGGCAUGAGCCCACAACAUGCUCCUGAAGCUGUUGCCUGCAGCGCUGCUGCAGCUGAGCAGACUGCUAAAUCUGGUUUGCCGAGCGAACGAAAUGAAACAACAGCUACGACAGUCGGAAGAGGAAUAGUAGCUGGUGAACUGUCAACAACAAAUACAACAACGCCGACAGAAGCAACAAUCAUUAUAACACCAGCUGAGCCAACACCAACAACAAUAACAGUAACAACAAUCACAACAAAGUUAACAACAGUCAACGACACAGCAGCAGUAGAAUGUACUACAGUGCCUGCUAAACUGUUAACAGAAACGGCACCGUCAACGUCCACGUCGACGCCAAUAACAGCGUCCGAUGCAACAACCAUAGCAACUACUUCGCCAACAACCAGUGCGGCCAACUCUAUAGCCAGUUGUAUUUCGGAUAUCGCAGGUGUCACUACGCAUUCGUACAGGUAUGUCGCACGCGCGUGGUUUAUUUAUUUCAUUUACUGUUUUUUUUUAUUUAGUUUUAUCGGUUGAUGUAAUUGAAAAAUUGCAUAUUUACAAUCGUUAAUAAUUCGCUGUGUGAGUGUGUAAUAAAAUGGUGCAGUGUGAAAAAUGAAGCUGGUAGAAUUAAAACAAAAACAAAUACAAAAAAAAAACAUUUUACUAGUUUUUUAUGUGCAAUAGCAAAAGCAAAACCAAAAAAACGUACAAAAUAAAGAUUUUAUUGCAUGCAUUUGCACGAAGUGCCUCGCGGCAAUGUUUUGAUGCUGUGUUAUUUUCGCGCAUUGGCUCACUUGGGAUUUCCUUGCAGCAGCGACUUUGCUUUUUCUGUUACUUUCUGGCAAUUAAUUGUUGCUGCUUGCUACUUUUUAUCGGUUUCCCAGAUAAGUGUGUAUGAAAGUAUCAUACUCGUAUGUAUGUAUAUACCUAUAAUCAUGUUUGUCGCGCACCUAUCCCAAGUUGACUUGAUUUCCUUGUUUUAAUUGCAAUUUGGGCUUCAGGAGACACGCAACACGUAAUCUACUCGCGGAUAUGCCCGUAGUUUAUACCGAUUUAAUCCGGCUUGAUGUUUUACGCACCAUCUAAGAGACGACCGAAGUACAACACGCUUAUAUAGUACAAUUAAGUACUCACCACAUAAACCUAUAUACACGCGGAUUCAGCACUCACAUUUGCGGUGUGAGCUAAUGCAGCUAAUGGGGGGUGCCUAAGGCCUUGUGCGUGAGUGUCCUUCUGCUCGGGGUACACGUGUGUGCAUAAAUUUUGUUUUUCUUUUUACAAUAGAUAGAAAUCGAGUUUUUAAAGUGAACAGUUUUAAAUGUGGUAUACAGCGGUCAAUUGUGCAGCGGGAAUAAAAAGUGAAAGAUAAUGUUAGCGUUGAAAGUGAUUCAAAUGAGUUAUUGCUCUUAUAUCGGUGCAUUAAUUUAAGUAUAAAUAAGUGUUUUAUGAGCCAAAGGUUAAUUGAUAGUUUUCUAUUAAUGAAAAAUUACAAAGGCAACAAUAAUCCAAAGCAAUACAAAAUUUUAUU